AUGAGGCAAGAUUCACUUUUCUUUUCGACGUCUGUUCCAUAUCUAUCUAUCUAUCUAUCUAUCUAUCUAUCUAUCUAUCUAUCUAUGACAGUCUGUUCCAUAUCUAUCUAUCUAUCUAUCUAUCUAUCUAUCUAUCUAUCUAUCUAUGACAGUCUGUUCCAUAUCUAUCUAUCUAUCUAUCUAUCUAUCUAUCUAUCUAUCUAUCUAUCUAUCUAUCUAUCACAUCACUAUUUAUUAUUAUUUCUUCUUGCAUUUUCUCUCUCUCGCUCUCUUCUUGUUUCUCUCUCUUCAUGCCCAAUAUCUCUCGUGCUGUUUCAAUCAUUUUCUUUCUUUCUUCUUUCUUUCUUUCUUUCUUUCUUUCUUUCUUGUUCCUCUUUCUUCUUGCCCACUCUCUCUCGCUAUUUCAUUCAUUUUUUCUUUCUUUCUCUGUUUCUUUCUUCUUGCCUUCUCACCCCUCUUGUUUCUCUUCUUGCUCACUCUCUCACUAUUUCAUUCAUUUUCUUUCUUUCUUUCUUUCUUUCUUUUCUUUCUUCUUGCCUUCUCACCCUUCUUGUUUCUCUCUCUUCUUUCCCACUCUCUCUCACUAUUUCAUUCAUUUUCUUUUUCUUUCUUUCUUUCUUUCUUUCUUUCUUUCUUUCUUUCUUUCUUUCUUUCUUUCUUUGUCUUCAUGCCCACUCUCUCUCGCUAUUUCAUUCAUGUUCUUUCUUUCUUUCUUUCUUUCUUUCUUUCUUUCUUUCUUUUCUCUAUCUUUUGCCCACUCUUUCUCUAUCUCUCUUUCGCUAUUUCAAUCAUUUUUCUUUUCUAGCAUUGUUCUACCAUCAUUUCUAUUUACCUCUGAUGAAAUUCCUUCUUUCCGUCCGUUGCCUCACAUAA